AUGUCAGUUCAAAAUCGACGUCCCCGAUAUGGGUUUUUGGAUGGCGGACACGAGAAGGAUAUUAAAGCUAUGAACGAAGUAUCGCUUCCCUUUUGGCUGAUUCGCGCUCUCUUGGCCGGAGAAUGGAUCGAUUUUGACAUUCCGACUCCAUAUGGUCAACGUGUCCAAAGAGCACUCAAGGCAGAUACGAAGAAUGUCAAGUUGGCCGGACUGGUUGGUGGCACAGGACUUUGGUAUCUCUUUGGAAGGGCUAUUGCUGAGAUGUUAGAGGAUGACCAACGAAACACAUUAUCUAAAAUGCUGCUUGAUACUUUCGAUAUGCGCCUUGGUGAUAUAUACGACCAAGCCGUCUAUUUCGGUGCUGGUUCCGGAACGCGAGGUGGACAGGGAAGUGACGCGAGCGAAGAGUUCAGGCAGGGCUUGGAAGGAACAGAACGACAGAUAUUCCUUAUUGUACAGGAGAGCACAAAGCGAAUGAGAGAGUGGAUGGAGAGCUCGGAUAGGCCGCGCUCGUCUCCGAUUCUACCAUCAAUCUCCGAACUGAUUGACCAGUCUGUUAAUGUGGAUGAACAAGCUGCAGGACCAAGCAACAUCACCACAGAUAGCCAAACCCCUACCCAACCACAAGCCGCCCACACGAAACUACCAACUUAUCAUGCGAUCGAAUACCCAGGAUACAUUUCUCCCAACUCUUCCUCCAUAAAUCGGGCAAUCACAACACUCGGAGGUCAGAAGUCUGUGCAAAAUGCCUUUGCGGAUGGAGGAAAGAUUCUUGAGCUACGGUUGCAGCCUGAUAAUCCAUUUGCGCAUCCUGUUACGGGGGAUGUGGUUGGAACGAAUACGCUUUUGGUCAAGGUCGUUACGAGGAGAAAGAAACAAGGAAAGGAACAGGUGGAUGGGGAGAACCAGGGGACCUACACGGCAGAGGUUAUGGGAAUCAUACCCAAAACUGUGCGAUUCAGAAGUAUGGCUGACUUCCAAUAUCAACCCAACGAAGACGAUUACGUUGUCCAAAUGAGAAGGGCGAUGGAUAGACUUGAUGUGGAUGCAAUACGUUCGUUCGAAUUCAAACCUCUUCAGGAAAAUUAUGAGGAAGGGGGAAAGAGCCAAUUACAUUUGAUCCCUCCCCCUCUAUUCUCGAGGCAAGGAAUUCCUCAGCAUUACAACCUGAAACAAAACCCGAUGUCGGUUAUUCAUUCCACGGUUGACCCUCGAACAGGGGAAGAAACUCGCCGGUAUAUCCAUAAGCACCGUAUCAAAGGAAGUUUGGCUCCGGCUGCUGUUUCAUGGGAUAGCGAAACAGUUCCUACCUCACCUCCUCAGCAGAUUCUUGAUGCCAAACCCCAAACUAAGCCACAUUUGCUAACUAAACUCAAACAACUAUUUGAAGAGCGGCCAGUAUGGAGCCGUAUUGCUCUGAUAAACCAGUUCCCUGCUCUUGAAGGAAGAGAAAUUCAAAAUACGAAAGCCCAUAUUGGCUUGGUGGCGUAUACGUUCAGCGAUGGAGCGUGGCGAGAUACGUUAUUGAAGUUCGGGUACGAUCCCAGGAAAGAUCCAGCAGCUCGCUUCUACCAACGAGUGUACUUCAGGAAUACAGCAAACGAAGAGGCGAGGAGAAAGUCGAUUGUUGGACGAAGAGCCGGCGGAGCCGGCGAUAGUACUGGGCCUGAAGUUGUCGAAACUCCAUCUGAUGACAGAAAGUCGCAUAUAUUCGAUGGUAGGACCCUACACUCUGGUGCUGCAUCUUUUCAGCUCUGCGACAUCACCGAUUCUCUCUUGGUCCCACUGAUCAAUGACCAAAAGAGCGUGAGGAAAGAGCCAGAUAUUGCAGAUGGCUGGUAUACAUCUCACGAAUUCAAUUUAAUCAAAGCCGUCGUGCGGCGCAAACACUUUAACCUCCUGCAAGGAAAGAUCAUAGAAGACAAGGACUGUGCGGACUUAACUGUUAACAAAAAAUACCUCAGAAAGGCGAAGAGCAAUAGACGACCUGUUGCGCCUGAGCGAUUGAUGGCUGCCGAGUUGGAGAUUGCAUUGAGAAAGGGCGGGGAGAGUGUGAGUAGUCAGGGCAAAGAGCCAACCGGAGUCGAAGAAAGCGGGGAGGACGAAGAUGCGAUGGAAGAAGAUUAA